GACGACAAGACGUUUGGUUAUUUUUUUCUGAUCCAGUGAACUAAAACCUUCAGCUCCACACGAUGCUCCCUUUGAUCUUUGCCCUUGUGUGUGUCGGCUCCAGUUUGACUAUAGAGCAACAAGACUUCUCUCCACCCCCGGGCUGGCCACUGACUGACCUCCUCAGGGAAGCCGCGGACGUCCAGGAUAUCGAGUGUCACGUGACCGUCAAGUCGGUCACCAUUGGCUGCAACUUCAAGCGGGAAGCGGAGCAGCAGAGCAUCAACUUCCUCGGCAUCGACUUCCCCAUCCUCUCUCCCAUCUUGAGGGAGACGCAGGAAUUUGACAUCUUCGGAGUGCCAGUGUCCGGCUCUAUUCAAGUGACCAUCGGCAGACGUCAGUUCAACUGCACCAUCACUCUGGGUAGCCACUACUAUCCAUUGUGUAAUAUUAUUUAA